CUACAAUCCAAAAUGAAAGAUGGUACAAAAUCGUGAAGAACAAGGGAGACUUCCUUUUCUGUCAGUACUCUUCCUUCUUUCUAUAAUUUUUCGAGAAGAUAUGGAGAGAUAUAGAUUUUAUGUGCAUAAUAACAACAGUAAUUGUUUUACUUUUGGAUAUAAAUAUUAUCAUCCAUUCUUGUUUGGUAUUUCAAUUUCUUAUUCUUAUAUUCAAGAAAAAUAUGUCUCAAAAACGAACCCAAGAUGAUUGUUCUACUUCUACUACUAAGAUUGGUUUAGAUAGUCUUAUUAGCUCUGAUGAUAAGCGUAGGAAGAGUCUUCCUUCUUUUAGAAGUGUGGUCCUGGAGGUGAUGAAACAGCAGAGUUUCCAGAGUGCAUUGGAGCCUAUGCUUCGUAGAGUUGUGAAAGAAGAGGUAGAAUUGGCAAUACGGAAAUAUGUCAUGAGUUUGAAGCGGAAUUCCGAUGAAGAUAUAUUUUCUUGUGAAUUAAGGAACCUACAACUUAAAUUCUUGAGCACACUUUCUCUUCCGGUGUUUACUGGAACUCGAAUUGAAGGAGAAGAUGGUUCAGCAAUUAAAGUGGCUCUAAUAGAUGCUGAUACUCAAGAGCUCGUCAAAAAUUUCCCUGAAUCGGGUGCAAAAGUAGAAGUCGUUGUUCUUGAAGGAGACUUCGAUGGCGAUGAGGGAGAAAAUUGGACUGUAGAUGAGUUUAAAAACAAUGUUGUCAGAGAACGAGAAGGAAAAAAGCCUCUUCUUUCGGGGGAUGUACAUAUAUAUCUAAAGGAUGGCACUGGUUCUGUCGGUGAAAUUUCUUUUACUGAUAACUCGAGCUGGACAAGGAGUCGUAGAUUCAGACUAGGAGCAAGAGUGAUCGGGAACUAUGAUGGAGCUAAGAUUAGGGAAGCAAAGACGGAAUCCUUCAUCGUUAGGGAUCAUCGUGGAGAGUUGUACAAAAAACACCAUCCUCCGUCUCUAUGUGAUGAGGUUUGGCGACUGGAGAAGAUAGGAAAAGACGGAGCAUUCCACAAAAGAUUGAGCAUAGAAAGAGUGAGGACAGUAAAGGACUUUCUAAUUUUGCUUAAUCUGGAUCCUGUACGUCUCCGAAAUAUACUUGGUUCCGGUAUGUCAGCCAAGAUGUGGGAGGUUGCUAUAGAACACGCGCGGACAUGUGUACUCGACAAACGAGUCUUCUUAUAUUAUUCGCCUAUUUCUCAGCACCGAAAUGGUGUGGUCUUCAAUGUCGUUGGACAAGUAAUGGGGUUUUAUUUGGAAAGCCAGUUCGUUCCUAUAGACAAGCUACCUGAAAACGAAAAGAUUGAUUCACAAAGAAUGGCCAUUGAGGCUUUUCAACACUGGGAUGGAGUGAUCUCGUUUGAAGACAUGGAAUCUCUCAUCGGGAUGUCUUCGCACACCUCAAGCUCACCCAUGACCGAGACUUCAGACGCAAGCAAACUUAUGACGUCACAACAAAUGGUAAAUACAACCGAUUAUGCACAACCGAGCACACCUUCCGAUAGUUUCUCCCCGCUCUAUUCACUGGGCUGCUUGAGCAGCCCAAUCGACUUUUCCCUGCAGUCUAUAGAUGCCUUGGACCUAAGAUAUGAGCAUGAUCUUGAUAUUCCCGUCCCUAUAAGUAAUUCUUUGUUUUGCCCUUCACACUCGAUGAAUCAACCGUUCAAUGAUGACGACCAUCUAGGGUUUAUGGAUAUCGACUACCCUUCGAUUCAGUCAGCUGACAUGGGUUUGGAAUCUCAAGCUGAUUUGCAGAGUGCGUACUGUGGCUUCGUGAGGUCUCGUUCUUCGGGUCCUACUGUCCGAGGACCAGCUCAUAGAAGGUGGAGGGUUCUUUCGAGUAUUCUACGAUGGUUUCAGAUACGAAGGCUAGUGGUCGCGAGAAGAACACCAUUUUCUCGGAUACAGAGAGCUUAGAGAGGUACGCGAUUCUGAUAUUGUACAUAUCACAUGUAUAUUCUGGCACUUCGGAGUCCCUAUGGUUACUUUUCAAGGAAUUACAUGGUGCGGGAAUUUGUCUCAUUUCACUCGACAAAUCAAAGCAACACAUGUAGAUGUUUAUAAACCCGGGUUGUUUUUAUGGUUGGGUGGAACCACAUACGGAAAUCCGGGUUGGUGAUCGUAUGACGGAUUUUCCUACUUUCAGGUAUAUAGUUUUUUUCGAAAUUGUAGGCGUUCAAGAAAAGGGUAUUAAGAUGUAGGAUUAGAAGCUGUGAAUGUGUCCAAUUUAUUGCCAAAUAUGUUUGAAGCUUAGAACUUUGUACAUAAGCAUUAGUGCGAGUUAUAGAGCCUGCUCGACUCUAUGUUCAAGUCGAGGGCUCGAGGCUCUCAAUCUGAUGAGAAAACAAUAAUUCCUUCUUAGUGAUUUGAUCUAUCGAGCUUCGAUUUAUUUAUUUUGGAUAUUGUUUAUUUAACGUGUUUAUUGUUAGCCAAAUCUAGUAGUAAUUAUACGAGGAAAAUGGAGAAAAAAUACAAUCGAAUUUGAGACUUAGGUAUGAAUGAUGGAAUGAUCUCAAUGAUUUAGAUCGUGGCCGAGCCGUUUUAGAAGUGAGAAAUGCAGCCUAGAGUUUCUUAAAAUAUUUGUUGGGUGAGCCUUUUCGGUCUGUUAAGUUGUUGGUAUUUAAUAGUGAUAAUAUAAUAAUUUGUACUGUAAAUAAUCUUGAAAUGUACAUUAUGUUAUUCUCAUGAUAAUAAAAAAAAUUCAUAAUUUUUCGGUGUCAUUUAAUACUAACAUCUCCGCUAUUUAAAACUUUGAAAAAUAGUGCAUGCGGAAAAUGUACUUCAAU